CGAUGGACAAUCACGAUCGAUUAGUAUGUUUCACAUGCAUAUCAUUGCGACCCAUGUUCCUUAUUUAUAUCCAUAGCCUCGUCUGGAUGAUUUCCACGACAGAGAGCGUUCAACGAAGAUGCUUGUCGAUCAACGUCGGCAAACAGAGCGCAUAGUUUCACCUCUCCUUCCGCGUAAGCCUCUCUCUGUGCCAGACCCACCUGCGAAUGCGCCUACCAAUACAGAUUCACCAUUACGAUUAGGCGCACGUGCAGCAAGAACUCGUUUCGGACCUCCAGUUCCGGAACUUGAGGGGAAACCGCACCUCAACAGCAGACGUGACCAGACGCCCGAGAGUCCUCAUUCUCAUCAUCACGAUGAUCAUGCAACCUCCCCUCCGCUUUCCAGGAACUCUUCCACGACGUCGGCACGUGAUGCCGUUCAUCCGUCACAACAAUCCAAGCAUGACGGGGACAUCUCUCUUCGUAGUCACGGGCCGCAGGAAUCGCGGCCUCACGGUCCUGAAAGAAAGGAGACAAACGAUCUUCCUGAACACCCACGUAGCAGCAGUCGCAAUGAUCGUCGUGACCAUGGUCCGCCUUCACUGGAUCAUAAUCAGGAAUGGCAUGUAGAUGACUCAAAAAAUUCGAAGUGGUCUAAAACACGGGAUUUACCUCCGCACGAGUCCUUGCGCCAUGUCAACGCAGAGUCGUCGCCCUCUGGUCAGCAUGCCGCGAACGGUGAAGGGUCGCAUCAAUCUCUUCCGCUGGCUAUGCAUCCAGAACGUGCACGACUUCUGCAGAGUCACCUUCCGCACUCUCUACCUCCUCGCCCCGAUACAGAACCAAGACGUCCACGUUCAACUCGUCCCCGUCAUGGCUCAGCGCCUUGGGGGGCCCCCUCUGGUUCACGUUUCAAUCAGCACUUCGAGGAGACUUCCUUCCAUGGAGAUCGCUUCGAUCGGUCGUCUAACAACCACGGUAGCUCUCUAAUCGAUCGGUUGGGUGUUGACGGCGGACAAUCGUCCUUUUCAUUGAGAGAUCGCGUGAAAGUUCCUAUGAAGCGGCCUUCAGAUGAACUUACUGUGAACGACGCGUUGAUGGAUGUAGACGAUGGGCACGAUGGCUCCAAGCGGAGCAGGAGGCGAGGGGGAAAGCCCAAGAGGCCGAGGCGUGUGGUAUGAUAUCCUAGUAUCCAAUUUUGUUCUUUUUGUUCAACCUUUUGGUCUGCUUUCGAUGAUGCAUCCCCAUUGGACAGAGUAUUGGCAUUACAAUCUCAUCUGGUCGUGUCUAGUGAUUAUGGUUAAUUGUCUCUUGGUUCGGCAUUUUUUGCAGCUUAUUCUCGAGAGAUUAGAUAUGUAUUAGUCAGUUGAUAUGAAGCUACUGUACCACAUGUCUAAAAU